AUGGUUCGCAAACUAAAGCAUCACGAGAAAAGCAACAUUUCUAACACCUCGUCCCCCAGACUCCUCCGCAAAGUCGACCUCUACACCUACAAAUCCGACAACAACCACCGCGAAACCACCAUCCGCCAACGUUACCACCUCCAAGACCCCCUCGACUACAAAAAAUACAACGCCCUCUGCGGCUCCGUCCGCCAACUCGCCCACAAACUCUCCGCCAUGGACCCGGAGUCGCCCUUUCGCCGGGAGAUGGAGGCCCAGAUGCUGGAGAAGCUGUGGGCGAUGGGCAUCCUGAAGCAGAAUCGCGAGCAGGGCGCGGGUUUGAGUAGGGUGGAGAGAGAGGUGACGGUGAGCGCGUUUGCGCGGAGGAGGUUGGGCGUGCUGAUGUCGAGGAAUGGGAUGGUGGAGAGUGUUUCCGCGGCUGUCAAGUUCAUCGAGCAAGGCCAUGUGCGCGUUGGCACCGAAGUCGUCACCGAUCCGGCGUUUUUGGUCACGAGGAACCUGGAGGACUAUGUGACUUGGGUCGAUUCGAGCAAGAUAAAACGGAAUAUUCUCCAAUAUCGGGAGAAGUUGGAUGAUUUCGACCUUUUAUGA